UAUUUUCUCCGCUCAGACUCAAAGUGAGAGAGAUCGGCUCAGCUCUUCGUGUCAGUCACGCAGCGCACAGGCAGCAUCAUCAGCAUCAGCAUCAUCAGCUGCAGCAGCGAGCGAUCCCGCACACCGUAAACACUCCUCAUCCACUGCAGACCUGACUGCCAUUGCACAGACAUUACAGGCGCAGGUUUUCCGCGACUGUGGGACGGGGGAAUGAUAAACCCCGGGUCCCCAAAGCCGUUGUACUGCUCGUAAGGAUGCGAUCACUGAGUCGACCGUGGGCCUCGACACUCGCCGAGGCUUUCCUCAUCACAACAGUGGCCGUCAGCGCCGCGAUGGCAGUUGUAGGGCAUUGUCCUCGGAGCCUGGAUUGUGCCCGAGAGAGACGGCACUUCUGCCAGCCCGGCUCUUUACAUUGCGGCCCAUGUCUAGACCCAUUCAUGGAGAACAAACGAGGGAAGUGUGUGCUCAGGAGACGAAAUCAUCCUGCAGCCAAAGUCAGCCAUCUCCCAGAGCUGGAUGAAGAGAUAGACAUACUGUCCUCCAUCAUCAGCAAACACAGAGAAUCUGAGAUGAAGCACUCAGCCCCAUCUCCAGCUGCUUCUAAAGCCCCUGAGAAUAAAUCAGGGUCGAGCAGUCAUUAUAAAGCUCCUCCAACUGCUGCUACUUCCAUUCAGCCUCCAACCAGAGGCCUGAUUAGUUCCACCAGCCCGACCUCAAACACCCCAUUCAUCUCUGCGGUGCACAGUGCUCCCUUCAUCAUCCCGUACCCCUCUGAGGACCACUCCUUUAUCAUAUUUUUAGGUGUGUUUCUCAUGGUGGGAUCAGUGGCCAUGGUGUUGACUGGAGUCUGUUGGGUCAGGAUGCAGAGAGGAUGUCGCCUGGCCCAGAAAGUUGAUUAUCCUGCAUUCGGGUUGAUAGGUCCUAAUUCUUAUGAUAGUGGUAUGAGUGGAGAUAAAAAACUUGCCCAGAGUGCCCAGAUGUACCACUUUCAGCUUCAAAAGCAGCAAAUGAUGUCGCUCAAACAACGAAGUGAUUCCAAGAUUCCUGAUUCAGGAGCCACUUCAGAUGAGGAGAAUGAAGAUGGAGACUUCACUGUGUAUGAAUGCCCUGGACUUGCCCCAACGGGGGAAAUGGAAGUGAAGAAUCCACUCUUCGAUGACUCCACCUUUCAUCUUCACCUGCAAAGAAGUUAUAACUAAACCCGAAUACUCAGAGGACGCAUUACUUCACGCACAAAAGCCGCAUGAAUCCACAAUGGGGUGCUUUUCCUCAUGCACUUGCAUCAUGGUGCGUAUGGACAUUUGAGAGUUUUGUUUUUUUAAACGCUGUUAAAUACUAGAUGACAGAGGUGUUACAGCUUCUAUCCAGUAGCUGAAACAACACUUUGCAAACCCUGACAGAAAUAAUUCGCUUUAAAAUAUCGAUUCACACGUACACAAGCAUCCUUUCUGAAAACCAGCCUCUGUGGACCAGGACGCUGCGCUGUAGUAGCUUUCAGUUUAACUGCAGAUGUGUAAAAACAUUGCAUGGAUUUAAGAGUUGCACCCAUCCUGUAUAAUCAUGCACAGUUCGUGUUUCUUUUCUGGACCUGUUCGAUAGUGAUGUUCGCGAUGUACGUAAAGGACUGGACGUUUGGAUGAUCUGUUGACAGCAGCUCAAGACUCAUUCUUUAUCAGGUUCUGUUAUGACGUCUUCUGUAGUAUAUUGUGAAUACUGUGCAAUGGAAAAGGAAAAUUAUUUAUAGAAUCAAUAGUUUGAACAUAUCUUGCCUGCAAACAUUAGUCAUAUUACAGUAGGAAGAUGAGAAGGAGUAAAUUGUACGGUUAGCAUAUUUUAAGUUUUCUUCUACCAGAUUCGUCUGUGACUGUAUUUUUUAAAAUACCAAUGGUGAUUUUAAUAUUUUUUUAUAAUUGUGCUCACAAGAUUAACCCUAAAUGGUAUUAUGUAGCCUCUGUAUAAUCAGAAUGGUCCUACUAUGCAUGAUUUGAAGCUGUGUAAUAAUGAAGAGAGUCAGUGUGCAUUCCUGUUUCGUUUAUGGAACCAAAACUCAUAUAAAACUGGAAUUUUAUUUGCAAACCCUGCAUAUAAAAGAGCUGAUUUCCAGAA